AUAAGAAUAUGUGAAUAACUCAAUUUUGACAAAAAUGUCAGAUAGAACCUUAUAAUUCCAAGGGGACGAAUUAAGUUUAUUUAUAUCUUACGUGAUUACGUCGUGUGAAUGCAAGCUAGUGGAAAACGAGCAUUUGUGGUUAACAAGCAUAUAGACGUUAAUUUUUAUCCUCGAGGGCUCUCCGAAGACGCACUAAAUUUAUGAUUUCAAAUUUCAUCUUCCGGAUCCAGUUCUAUUUACCUCAAACAUAACUUUAUUAUUCGAUGAUCUAUUUCAUAAUUUUAAAUAAUGUUCUAAUUUUAAACUUAACACUAACCUGUUACUGAACAAGUAUACAGUUUCUACUUCAAUUUCAUCAAUAAAUGUCUCUAUCAGGUUAAAUACUAUCGUCUUAUCAUCUAUUAUUCAAACACAUUAUAAGGGAGAGCGCGAACGCAGUCCCCACUAGCAGAAAUUAUGCAGUUGAGAUUCUCACAUGUGGAGAAUUCAUAGAGGUCAGAGAGCCGAAGUGCAAUGGCUGAUCCUCACUCUAGGUGAUCCACCUGCUUGAUCAUGGAGUCACCCCUGCCAGGUAAGUAUGAGUUCUACACGGAUCCGAUCAGACUCUCACUCCGCUCCACACCGAUCACGUCGACGGUGAAUAAACACACACCGGCGCGCUUUACACAAACAACACACAAUCAGUUUAUAACGAACCUCCUUUAAACCCUGAGCCACAAGAAGCGCGGAAACGAUUUGAGCUUUAUUUAAAAACACAAAUACCCUUCGAGCCUCACACAAACGGAAACACGUCAUCGAUGACGUCAGCGGCGCAUCUAUAUAUUUUAAUCUUUCUGGGAGCGACACACUUGACUUGUUGCGAUAACAUUUUUCAAUUUGCACUUGAAAUAUAACGAGGAUAACAUUAAAUAUGUUUCCAGCAAAUCAGAAUAAUUAAUAAUCACGCCUUUUCUGCUGCGCUGUUGGUCUCACGUAUCCGCCAUGUUUGUAGUUUUUUUUGACUAUUUUUUAGGUGCAUCUUGACAUCACUGCGCGUGCUGCUGAAGAUGUUACGACAGUGCAGUUUCUUGAUUAUUACGCCGGAAUUUAAGUAUAGUUCCUAAUCAUAUCGCCCUAAAAAUCGCAACUUUUCCUUUUCCGCUAUACUUGGUACACGAUAUAACUACAUCCUCCUGAGACCCAGCCCCUUGACUUAUGUCCACUGUAGUGGACAUUUGAGUUUCAUCCCUCUCCUUGGAAUCUUUUGUGCAAGUCUCUUAAUUCCUGCUGUACUGUACAGAGGACAUCCUGGGCUUUUCAGGGAUAUGUUAUUUGAUUGGCUGGGAGGCCGGGAACCCCCUCAAUCUUUCAAUCCAAAAUGGCUGGCAUAGGAAUAAGCACAUUUUAUGGAAAGAUAAAAGGAAAUAGAACUGAAGCAGAAAGAAUUCUUUACAAAACAGUCGAGGGAGAUUUAGAGUUGUCAGAUGACGAGAGAGAUGAGGAUGAGUUUCAACCAGUGAGAGAAGACAGUGAUGAAGAAGAGGAAGAUGAUGCAGAAGGCUCAGGUGAAGGGACAGAUGCAGACACAGACAGGGAUGAGCAGGAAACUCAACGCCCUCUGUGGGCUAGGAGUAAUAUAUUUGCACGUGUAACCUGGGCUUCCAGUGUGUCAAGAUGACCCUACAACACAUGCAGACUGGAGUCCAAUUGAAUAUUUUUGGAUACCAAGCAUGCAGAAAGAUGCAGAAAUAAGGGCUCCAAGAGCAAGACGUACAUGAGAUGUACCAAAUGCAAGAUGUUCCUCUGCAUUACCAAAAAGAGAAAUUGCUUCCUGGACUAUCACAACUAACAAAAACAUACUAAGAAUAAAAUGAAAAGUGAAGGAAAAACUAGAUUGGAUUCAGUUUGACAGAAGGAAAAAAAAUCCCCCUCCAAAAGUUUCACAUUAGUUCUAUGUUUAUUGUUCGAAUAACACUAAAAGGAUUCAAGGGAACCAAUAAAAGGAUACGGACAUAACAAAGUGUUAAGCUCUAAUAGUAAAGAUAUACUUGCAAAAUGUAAGGAAAAGGAUUCAAGAAUGAUAAAUGUUUAUAUAAUCAAAAUGUCUGUAUUCUUGGAUAAUAAUCAAUUUACAGCCCAAAAUGUAUUCUUAGUUAAAAAAAAAAUGUAUAAUCUGGUAAAAUUGUUAUUUACCAAAUGUGUUUGUUUUCGUACUAAAAUGAUCCUGUUGUCCACUACAGUGGACAUGCUGUAAAACAAAAAUAAAAAAUAAAAAUAAAAAUGUCUAAAUUGUA